AUGCGAUUAAAUGGUUUCAGUGUAGAAGUAUUAAUGGAUGGAAAGCCUCUUCAAGAAUGUGAAGUUCCUCUAGAUGAGUGUAGGUCACUGGCUACUCAACCCUCUUGCAUAUUCGAUGAGUUAACAGGAGAAUAUAAAUAUUGCGAAUACGUUACAUUUGCUUCAGUUCUUGAACCUGAUAAAAACUAUUCAGUAGCAAUAUCCACAAAUCAUGCCACAUUUCGAUCACCCAUUAGAGCUGAUCUAUACGUAGACGGAAUAACCGACUUUACGUGUCACGAACUUAUUGACUCUUCUCCAACUGUUAACGAUGGAUUUUGGAAUUAUCAAUGGAAUAAAAUACAUAACUUUUCAUUCGAUUUCACUUCUUUUCCAAACGUUAAACAUUCUCAAUCUUCAACUUCCAAUGCUCUUAAUGGACAUUUAGAUGAUACAAGCUCUAAUCUUAAGUCUGGAGGUGUUGGUACCAUCACCGUUUAUUUUUAUAAAGCUAAGAGGAAUUUUAUAAAUUUUCAAUCUAUUUUUGAAGACAGACCAAGAUCAUUUCUAGGUAAUCAAGAGAAUUUACUGAAAUCAAUUGAUCAAUUUGAUAUUCAAUAUCAAACAAAAUUUAAUGAAGGGUUAGAUUGUGAGAUAGCAAAACCUAGUUAUAGUCUUCAAAUUGUUGAUGAAAUUCCAAUCGCUAUUUUAAAUAUUCAUUAUAGAUCUCAUUCUUGGUUACUUUAUCAAGGAAUUUUAAAGUAUCAACAUUAUGAUUAUUUUUAUGAUUUUUAUGAAGUUAGCUCUGAUGAUGAGGAACAGGUUAUGAUUGAGGACCUUUAG